UGCUUUAUGUUGUGUUGUUGCAGUUAUGUUUUGAAUUUUCGUUAGUGUUUUGUUCGUUUGCGGUGAUUUGUGAGUGUUUGACUGUUGAGGAGGAUUGUAGUUUGUCACAAUGGAGCUAUUUUGGAAAGUGCUGAGCUUUCAACUAUUAUUAGCACAGGCUCAGGCGAACUGGUGGAAUCUAGCAGCGCCCAGUCCCGUCCAAGGGAACACGUCUUUGGAGAUGGUCAUGUUGCACAAAGAGAACUGCCAGAGGCUAGACUUCUUGGGCGAGCGGCAGAAGCAACUCUGUUUGCUGUCCGAUAAGAUGGUCCAGGUGCUGCAAACGGGUGCCCAACAGGCGGUGGAGGAGUGCCAGCACCAGUUUCGGCACAGCCGGUGGAACUGCAGCACUAUCCAGAACUCCACCGACAUCUUUGGAGGGGUGCUCAAGUACAAAUCACGCGAAGCGGCGUUCGUACACGCGCUUUCUUCAGCCGCGCUUGCGCACUCCGUGGCCCGCGCCUGCUCGCGAGGAGAACUCAACGAGUGCUCAUGUGACUCGCGGGUGCGGAAGCGUACGCCAAGGCACUGGCAGUGGGGAGGAUGUUCUGAGGAUAUCAGGUAUGGUGAGAUUUACAGCCGGGACUUCGUGGACUCUAAGGAAGACAAGAACACUGAUGAAGGGCUGAUGAACCUGCAUAACAAUGAAGCUGGAAGAAGGGCGGUUCGCGGGCGUAUGCAGCGCGUGUGCAAGUGCCACGGCAUGUCUGGAUCGUGCUCGGUGCGAGUUUGCUGGCGCCGCCUGCCGCAGCUGCGUGCUGUUGGCGACGCGCUCACCACUCGGUACGAAGGGGCAUCACAUGUUAAGGUGGUUGAAAGAAAAAGAGGAAAAAACAUCAGGAAACUGCGACCCCUCCACGCUGACAAAAAGCCUAACAAGACGGACCUGGUUUAUCUAGAAGACUCUCCUGACUACUGCGAACCUAAUGACGAGCUCGGCAUCCUCGGAACCCGCGGUCGCUCGUGCAACCGCACAUCGGCCGGGCUGGACGGGUGCCGCCUGCUGUGCUGCGGGCGCGGCUACCAGACGCGGGUGCGCGACCACGAGGAGAAGUGCCGCUGCCGCUUCGUGUGGUGCUGCCGGGUCCAUUGCGAGCUCUGCCGUUAUAAACGCGAUCAUCAUGUGUGCAAUUAAGUUUAUGGAAAACUAUCAUAGUGUUUUGUAGUUCUGUAGUAGAAUAUUGAGCCUCGAGGCUUCAGGAACACGUGAUUUAACCUUUAAAUCCAUCUCGUUAUGCUGCUGUGUGGCCUUUGUGUUUUGCGUAUGGCUACCAGACACAAGUGCAAAGUGUCAAGAAGAAAAGUGUCACUGUCGCUUCGUUGUGGGUUUAUUGUGAGCUCUGCCGAUACAACCGCGAUCAUGUUUGUGUGAAAUUAAGUUAUUCUUCAACAGAUGAUGUUAUACAACAUGUUUUGAAUAAAGUCCUAUGAGAAAAUGUAGAACAUUGUGGCCCCGGGGCUUUAGGCAACACAUGAUUCAUACUUCAAAUACCUUUCAUUAUGCUGCUGUGCAGCUCAUGUGCUUCGGUAAAACACAUGAUUCAAUAUAUUUUUCUGCCGUGCAGCCCAUAAGGAUUUUAAACAACGCAACCGUAUUUUACGGUUACGGGGAUACGGCAUGUGUUACUUGAAGGUUACAUUGGAUACCUUCACACACGAUAACACCACGUUGUCCCUGACAGGCUAAUAACCUGAAAGUUAGAGAUACCUACUUUAUGAUACUCUUUAGAUAAUAUAUCUGCCUCUUGUCACAGUAUAAUAGAGACUACUAUCGUACAGUAUGGCCACUUCCGCUCCCCGCUGAAACAGCCGCCAACCCCCUUUCCUAACUUCACAGUUACCGCCUUUCAAAAACGUGAACAGUCGACCUGUCAAAUUUCACUGAUGCAAGCAUUAGUACUCGUUAAUUUACACGAGCUUAGACUGCGCUAGGAACGCGCCUCUUUCAUAUAAUUAUUUGUUCGCCAGUGUCCGAGGUGUGCUCUUGUUGUAUAACAAUAUAAAAUCGGUAUUAUAAAAAAAUUAUAGCGAAACCAUAAACAUUUUCUAUUUAAAUGUCCAGUAGGUAUUAAAAAAAUGGUAAGUAACUGUAAUAUUUUAAAUAUCUUCAGUAUUUUGAUAUUGCUGAGUUAUCUGAGUAUCGUACAAUCAAUAAUAAUAUAGAUAGAGCCAAACAUAACUGGUGAAUGUGUCAUUAUAUGUGUCAGGUCAUGUGGAUAAGAAUAAAAUAUGAUAGUACCUAAUAUUUUACUCGGGGAAAGAACGCCAGUAUGAGGAUUCUCAAGCGUCUUACCUCACUGUUCGUCUUACCCCAUCUAACCUUAUAGGUACUUACUUAAAUGAAGUUUGAUUCUUUAUAUAAGGUCCUAAUUUAUUAGUUGCAGAUAUUUUAACA